UUUGCAACACUUGUUCCGGUUUGUUUUUAUUGAAUUACCUGACUUUACCCGUAAUACCAUGCUGAAAACCGGGAAAGUUGGUCUAGCGAUCAGCAGAUCCUAUACCGCCAAGGCCAAAAGGGUUGUUUUGGCCCAGGACAAGUCGAAAAUCAAGGAGUACACGCCGAAAAUCACGGACAACCACGAGAACCGCAUUUACGUUUGGGGAUUCCAGGAGACCGGAGCACUGGGCCUCCAAACCAAUGUGAAAAAGGCGAAGGAACGCUAUACGGAGAUGGUUCAUCAUCCUACUAGGCUGCAAUUCUCCAAUAAUAAUGAAAUUACCGAUGUAGCUGCAGGUUACGGAUUCACAGCCUACGCCGUGAAAAGAGAAGAUGGGGAGACACUUUUUGGAAGCGGCUUAAACACGGACUCCCAACUAGGUUUCCAAGUGAAGGGCAAUCCCACGGAUCCAGCCAACUUGGAUGUGAUUAUCUAUCCCACAGCCAUUAAACUACCCAGAGUCCAAGGAGAAACCGAUAAGGAUAUGCAGGUGAAGAGCAUGUCGGCGGGGAGAGCUCAUCUGGUGAUCCUGACAAGAAAUGGAACCAUAUUUACUUUGGGAAACAAUUCCUAUGGACAGUGUGGGCGUUCCAUCAUCGAUGAGGAGCGAUACAGCAAGAGCGCUCUGAUCCACAGAAUUUCCCAGGAGGAUAUAUGCGGAAAAGAGGAUGAGAUAGUCCAAGUGGAGUGCGGUCAGGAUCACAGCAUGUUCCUAACCAAAACCGGAAGGAUUCACACCUGUGGUUGGGGUGCGGAUGGCCAAACCGGGCAGGGAAAUUACCACACAGCCGGGCAGAUAACCCUCAUAGGAGGGGAUAUCGAAAAGGAGAAAAUUGUGAGUCUCAGCUGUUCCUCGGAUUGCGUUUUGGCCCUCAACGAAGCAGGCGAUGCAUUUGGAUGGGGCAAUUCGGAGUACGGACAGCUGGAUGACUCUGAGCACGCGGAAACCCAGAUUAAUAUCCCGAGAGCUCUCAAACUUACCAAAUCCAUUGGCAAAAUUAAGCAGGUGGCUGCAGGAGGAUCCUUUUGCAUGGCCCUCAAUGAUCAGGGUUUGGUUUACACCUGGGGCUUUGGCAUCCUCGGUUUUGGACCCUUCGUGGAGCAGACCUCCAAGCCACAGCACCUUCUGCCACCUUUAUUUGGACGGAACGACUUUAGCAACGAAACAACCGUUGUUUCGAUUGGAUGCGGGAUCUUUCACAUGGGUGCUGUCAACUCGGACGGGGAUCUCUUUAUGUGGGGCAAGAACAGAUUCGGCCAUCUGGGUUUGGGACACAAGAAGGAUCAGUUCUUCCCCUUCAAAGCGGCCAUCAAUGGAAAGGUUACCAAAGUGGCCUUCGGGGUGGAUCACACCAUUGCUAUGUGCAAGGCUUACUUCUAGAUUAAACUGAGAAAUUGUUAUUGAAGCUAUCUGUUAUAAAUAGAGAAUAGUUUAGUUUUAAAUAUAUUCUAGUCGAAA